AUGGAUGUAAGUAAUAAUCAACAAAGGAAACGAUUAUGGCGACAGCAUUUUCCAACUACACUUACUAUUCCAAUAUCAAUUGCUCAAAUGUUUCUUACUGCGAUUAUUAUCGGUUGUGAAAUUCCUGGCAUUUUUAUUAAUUUUCCACGAAUGAAUGCCUUUGUUGGAUUUUGGGUAUUUCCAUUUUUUAUCUUCGCAUCGAUAUCAUUAGCAAGUACAAGUUGUUGUUGUCGAACUCGUAGUUGUGGAGUAGCAACACUCAUUUUCCAAUGUUUUGCGAUACCGUUUGCCUUGUGUAUUGUCAGCUUUGAUGCUUAUUUCUUAACACAUCCUACUCAAUGCUUUUUUACAGAUAGUUGUGAUUAUUAUACUAGUGUUCUAGAUACAUCCACUUUAUAUAAUAUCAAAGUUAAGUUAAUCUGGACACAAUUGAUAGCUGGUGCUUUAAUGUUUAUUUCGAUUGUGUUCUCUAUUACUUUAUUUAUAGAAGCAAAUCAUCGAGUUAAAAAAGAUAACUCUUUAGAACAAAAAUUGCCUACAUCUGACACUGCUAUACCUACAGCAAAUCAAUACACCCUUGCUGAACCUGCUACUGCUACCAUGAAUUCAACAGUUCAACAUAAUUUAUCGUAUAACAAUACAAUUCUUAACUAUACAUUAGGCAAACAUCCUGCAAAAUAA